AGAAAUAUUCUGUGUUCAUUUUACGACGGGCGGUUGUCUAUAGUGAAGCGUGUUGCGUAAAAUAUAUUUCUGUAUAUUAAAAACGUUUUUUGUUUAAAUAUACUAAUUUCAGUUUUGUAUUUAAACACCAGGUAAUUCUUUGAAAAUAAACUAGAACAGGUGAUUAGUUGAAAAAACUCGGCUUUUUAUUUGAAAGCAAAUAUGGCUUCUGAAAAAGCAGACGUCGAUAUCGCCGAAGACAACAUCGACAUCGAUAAAGUGGUUAACGAAGAAUUAGCCGCUAAAGAAAAUGCUACUGUCGAUGAUAGUCUUACGAAACGUAGACCAAAGAAAGUGAAUAGACAGAAUUCUAAGGAAAGUGCUGUACCGGCGUUCGUUCACGGACCUAGAUCAUGGAAAAAUAGUCGUAGAUCUAGGAACGGUUACGGUAGAGGUUUACCUAAGAAGAAAGGAGCUGGAGGUAAAGGAGUUUGGGGACUUCCAGGGUCAGAGUUACUAGAAACCUACGAAGAUAUAAACGAUCCUAAUUUCGAUAACGAAAAUAUGGGAAACGGAGAUAUAGAACUUAAAGCUGUAGUACCUGAAGUAUCAGAUGAGGAAAUUAAGAAAAAAGUGGAACCGAUUAUUCUGGAAUAUUUCGAGAACGGCGACACUCACGAAGCCAUACUUUCAGUAGAAGAACAAAUACCUUUGAACCGAAGGGAAACUUUGGUUGAACAACUGAUAGAAAUCGCCAUGGAUCACAAACCGUCCCACAGGGAAAUGACUUCCGUGUUGAUUUCCGAUCUAUUUCCGCAUACUAUUAACGAAACCGACAUCAGUAAAGCUUUUGAAAAUCUGUUGGCCAAUUUGCCCGAUUUGAUAUUGGAUAUACCGGACGCUCCGACGAUUUUGGGUAAUUUCAUAGCGCGCGCCAUCGCUGAUGAUUGUAUCCCGCCCAAAUUUAUCGUUUCAUUGAAGCAGAAGAGCGAUAAUAAGGAUUUCCAGGAGGCCGUUAGCCGUGCCGAUACUUUGUUAUCCAUGAAACACGGCUUGGUACGUCUGCAUAACGUUUGGGGAGUCGGCGGAGCCCUUCGACCAGUAAAAGCCUUAACCCGCCAAAUGUGGUUGUUACUACAAGAAUUCUUAUCGUCCGGCGACAUAAACGAAGCGAGCCGAUGCCUCAGAUUAUUAGAAGUGCCUCAUUUCCAUCACGAAUUGGUUUACGAAGCGAUAGUGAUGGCGCUGGAAGCGAACAGCGCCGUGAAAGAAGAACAACUAUGCACCCUGCUGAAAUCCUUCUCGGACGCCAUACUAGUAACCCCCGACCAAAUGGAAAGGGGCUUCCAGAGGGUGUUCGACGAUCUGCCGGACAUCUCCACCGACGUACCCCUGGCCUUCAUCAUACUCGACAGGUUCGUGGAUCGGUGCCAUUCUGUCGGUUUUCUGACCGAGGGCAUUAUGAAGAAGAUGCCGUCCCGCGGCCGCAAACGUUUCGUCUCCGAAGGGGACCAGCAUUACAUUAAGACUCACAAGAUCGAACAUUAAGUCCGAAUCACCCCCCCCCCCCAGUAGAUUUUACGAAUUUUUUGUAUUCUUUCUUAUAGGCACUCUUAUAGGUGUGCUCAACGUUUGGAAAAAAAAAGAAAAAAAAAUCUUUUUGAAAUGGAAACGUUAAUUUUUUUUUGUAUAUGUUCUAUGGAAUAAAGAUUAUUUCAA